AUGAAGUGUUUCGAGAGAGUGGUGCUGGCGCACAUUCAGAGCAGCAUCCCGGAUUCACUGGACCCCCUGCAGUACGCCUACCGACCCAACAGGUCCACCACCGACGCCAUCACAGCUGUCCUCCACCACUCCCUGUCCCACCUGGAAAACAAGGAGUCCUACAUCAGGAUACUCUUUGUAGACUACAGCUCCGCCUUCAACACGGUCAUCCCCUACAAACUCACCCACAAGCUGUCCACCCUUGGCAUUCACCCCACCCUCUGCGACUGGCUCCUUGACUUCCUGACUGCACCGCCCACUUCCCGCCCGUUGACCUAUGAAUGGCUCGCGACGUCACCACCCCCGCUCACUCUGGAGUUCCGUGUCAACAUGGCGGCAUCCAUGGCUUCUCAGGCUGCGGCUAAAGGACUGAGGUCCGCUGCCUCAAAGCACCGGCUCCUGGACAAGAUCAAGUGCACCUGGUUGAGUCCCAGGAGAUGGCUGAAUCUGCAGGAGUACCAGAGCAAGAAGCUGAUGCAAGAGAGCGGCGUCGCUGUCCAGCGCUUCUAUGUGGCAGACACGGCUUCUGAGGCUCUGGAGGCUGCAAAAAGACUCAAUGCCAAGGAGAUCGUGCUGAAAGCUCAGAUUCUGGCUGGUGGCAGAGGCAAAGGUGUGUUCGACAGCGGCCUUAAAGGUGGAGUGCACUUAACUAAGGACCCUGCAGUGGUUGGCGAGCUGGCGAAUAAGAUGCUGGGCUUCAACCUGACGACCAAGCAGACGCCUAAAGAUGGAGUGAAAGUGAACACGGUGAUGGUCGCCGAGGCUCUGGACAUUAGCAGGGAAACCUAUUUUGCCAUCUUAAUGGAUCGCGCCUGUAAUGGUCCUGUCAUGGUCGGAAGCCCACAGGGAGGCAUGGAUAUCGAGGAGGUGGCCGCCAGCACCCCAGAGCUCAUCUUUAAGGAAGUCAUAGAUAUAUUUGAAGGCGUACGUGACGACCAGGCGCUCCGCAUGGCAGAUAAUUUGGGUUUCAAAGGACCUCUGCAGAGACAGGCAGCAGAUCAGAUUAAGAGGCUCUAUGAUCUGUUCCUGAAAGUCGACGCCACUCAAGUCGAAGUCAAUCCUCUCGGAGAGACUCCCGAAGGACAAGUGGUUUGCUUUGAUGCCAAGAUCAACUUCGACGACAACGCCGAGUUCCGUCAGAAGGCGGUGUUCGCCAUGGAUGACAUGAUGGAGAGCGACCCCAUAGAGAUGGAGGCGGCCAAGUGGGACCUCAAAUAUAUUGGACUGGAUGGAAACAUCGCUUGUUUUGUGAAUGGAGCCGGAUUGGCGAUGGCCACAUGUGACAUCAUCGACCUGCAUGGAGGAAAACCUGCAAACUUCCUGGACCUGGGAGGAGGAGUCCAAGAGAGGCAGGUGUACGAGGCCUUCAAGCUGCUCACCGCUGAUCCUAAGGUGGAGGCCAUCCUGGUCAACAUUUUCGGUGGGAUCGUCAACUGUGCCAUCAUCGCCAACGGCAUCACCAAGGCCUGUCGAGAACUGGAGCUGAAGGUGCCACUGGUGGUCAGGCUUGAAGGCACCAACGUCCACGAGGCCAAGAGGAUCCUGACGGAGAGCGGUCUGCCCAUCACCGCCGCCCAGGACCUGGACGACGCCGCCAAGAAAGCCGUGGCUGCCAUCAAGAAAUGAAAGCGAGACACAUGAACAGCGAGACACAUGAACAGCGAGACCUCCACCACGUUUCAAAUCACUAUCCAUGAAUAUCUGUUUUUAACUCUUCGUCAUAUAUUUCAAGGAGAAUCAUGAGGCUCGACUUCACGGUGCGUCACUACGUCCUUGAUUCUUUGUGCAUUCCAGAUCCUGAGGCGUAUGGAACAUGAAUGAAUGAAUGAAUGAAUGAAUGAAGAGAGGCAUUUUCCAUUAUCAGCUCAGAACUUCACAAGAAGUGGAGACAGAGUGCGAGUGAGACACCUCGUUUAUGAUGAAGUGAAAUCAUUUUACAGCGUUUAACUUUGAGGUCAGUGAGUCUUAUUUUUUUGUUAAUCCGUCCGAUGUCAGAUCUGCGUCACAUAAAAACGAGACUCGGCGAAGACGCCGUGCUGUGAAUUUUUGUACAUCGUAUCUAAUUAUUCGCUUUAGUCCGUAAUUAGUUUCUAAAGCACUUUUACGUCAUCGUCAGUGACUAAAUAAAUAAAUAAAAGAUGAAAUAAUCAACUUAAUCUUUAAAAAGGUGUUUUAGGGACAAAUUACAGACUGAAGCUUUAAACAAACGUGUGCCUGUAACUUGAAGGAGUUUAAUGAAACAUGUAACCUGCUCUCACUGUCUCAGUCAGUGUCUCAAACACAGGGGAGUUACACACACACACACAUAUAUAUAUAUAUAUAUAUAUAAUAGUAAUUUUUUUACUGUCAUGAAAGUAUUAUGAUUGGAUAGCGUGGAUACAGUGUGAAUAAAAACAACAACUGUGUACUUAAUCAUUUGAGAAGAUUAAAAACCAACAUGUCACCUCA